AUGGGCAUGCUCUUCUCGUGUCCGGUGGAGGUCGACGACGAAUGCGGCGGCCUCAUCGCCGAUGGGUCCGGCGGUGAGGCGGCGACGGUCCUGAAGGCGUCGCUGAGCUCCGGCAAGCUCCGGAUCGAGGGCUCCCUGAGCUUCAAGCGGGAGCAGCAGAGCCCCGGCGCCGGCUCGCUCCAGCUCGAGACCAAGAUCUCCAUCAGCACCACCUCGCCCCACGCGGUCACCGCGCCGCCGCUUCCGGUGCCCGUGCCGAGGGAGCUCGUCCGGACGCGGUUCGCCGACGCGGCCUCGGCGGCCUCGGCGGCGGGGGCGCCGGAGAGCCCGAAGCAGCAGGAGGCGGCGGCCGUGACGCUGCAGAAGGUGUACAAGAGCUUCCGGACGCGGCGCCGGCUCGCCGACUGCGCCGUGCUGGUGGAGCAGAACUGGUGGGAGCUGCUCGACUUCGCGCAGCUCCGGCGCAGCUCCGUCUCCUUCUUCGAGAUACAGAAGCAGGAGUCCGCCGUGUCCAAGUGGGCGCGCGCCAGGACCAGGGCCGCCAUAGUCGGGAAAGGGCUAUCGAAGGACGACAAAGCUCGGAAGCUCGCGUUGCAGCACUGGCUUGAAGCGAUCGACCCGCGCCACCGGUACGGCCACAAUCUUCACUACUACUACGACUGCUGGCUGCGGUGCGAAAGCAAGGAGCCAUUCUUCUACUGGCUUGACGUUGGUGAAGGAAAAGAGAUCAAUCUCGAAGAGCGGUGCACGCGGUCUAAGCUCCAGAGCCAGUGCAUCAAGUAUCUUGGUCCGAAAGAAAGAGAGGACUAUGAGGUUGUGAUCGAGGAUGGCGAGUUCAUGUACAAGAACAGCAGGCAAAUCCUCGACACGUCUGGUGGGCCGAGGGACGCGAAGUGGAUCUUUGUGCUCAGCACCUCCAGGAAUCUGUAUGUUGGGCAGAAGAAGAAGGGCACAUUCCAGCAUUCCAGCUUCCUCGCUGGAGGCGCGGCAUCUGCUGCGGGACGACUAGUUGUCGAAGAUGGCGUUCUGAAGGCUAUCUGGCCACACAGCGGGCACUACCGGCCGACAGAGGAGAACUUCCAGGAUUUCCAGAGCUUCCUCAGAGAGAAGAAUGUCGAUCUCAGCGAUGUCAAGAUGAGCCCGACUGAAGAGGAUGAGGAGUUCUGGAGCAGGCUCAGGAGCAUCCCUUCCGACCGGUGCGCCCAUGCCGACAAACCUGAAGAAGAAGCAGAAACGGUUCCUGCUGAAGAAACCACCACUUGCCGGACACCUCAGGUCGCUGAAACCACACCUGAAGAGGUCUCCCAGCACCACGAAGUAGGCAAUCAUCCUAGCCAACUCAAGACAUUCACAAGGCUGGAUUCAUUCGAAAAUGUCGUGAACACCGGAACAUCGACGGCCUGUGUAUCUGAAGGUCAUCAGAAAGGCAGCGAUGAUCAUCAGCCAGCGGUGCCAAGAGAGAAAAUCCUUGAGAGGGUCAACUCGUACAAGUUGGGGAAGCAGCUGUCUUUCAAGUGGACGACCGGCGCCGGUCCCCGGAUCGUGUGCGUCCGGGACUACCCGCCGGAGCUCCAGCACCGGGCGCUGGAGGAGGUGCACCUGUCGCCGAGGAGCGGCAGGGCGACGUCGCGGUUCUCGUCGCCGCAGAGGUCCGGCAGCCCCAUGUCGAGAGGGUGCGAACCGCUGACGCCGAGGGAGGCGUUUCAUCAUACAACGCAUCUGCAGCAGGGGGUACUGAUGAUUAGCUGAUGAUGAGUGAGCCAUUCGUUGUUCGUAGAUUGUGCAUAAUCGUAGAAGAAUAAAGACGGAGUAAAAGUACUCCUCGUGUACAUCCUGUAGCCAGCGAUAUAUACCGUGAUGUCCAACUGGACAAAGUACAAAGAUCAAUACAGAUUCUUUCAUUCUUUGCUCA